ACUCCCCAACGCAUUCAUUCUCAUUCUCCUUCUCCUUCUUUUCACUCUGUCUUCACUUCUUGCCCUUAUCCAAUUAGGUUUUAUAUGUUCUCCUCCUUCAUAAAGCAAAGAAUCUUCUGAAUUUCUCAGGUUCUCAUUAAUUCCUCAGAAUAUUCCCCAUCAAUAUUUCUUCAUCUUGCUUCACCAUUCUCAAUCACGAGAAGCAAAAAGUUGCAUAGUUCAGUAGAUCAUCAUCACCAUUAAAGUAUCUGAUAUAAGUUCGGUUGAAUCAGAAACGAUGGCUCUGUACUCUGGUCACCAACAUUCUUCUGAAAUGGUCUUCGUUUUCAUCCUUUUUCUUGUUCUUGAAGGAGUUUCAGGGGCUACAUUUACGUUUGUGAACAAGUGUGAUUACACGGUAUGGCCGGGAGUUCUGGGAAAGCCAGACCUUGGAACCACGGGAUUCGAGCUCUCUAAGGGAAGUUCUCGAGGUUUCCAGGCUCCAGCUGGUUGGUCCGGUAGAUUAUGGGCUAGAACCAACUGCAACUUCGACGGUUCUGGUCAUGGAACAUGCGCCACCGGUGACUGCGGAUCCGGCAGUAUCGAAUGCAAUGGCGCCGGAGCUUCCCCUCCGGCGACGCUCGCGGAGCUCACGCUCGGCGCAGCAGGCGCGCAAGACUACUACGAUGUCAGCCUCGUGGAUGGCUAUAAUCUGCCGAUGAUGGUGGAAGCGAAUGGAGGGUCAGGAUCAUGCGCCACCACUGGUUGUGUGACGGAUCUCAACAGGCGGUGCCCGUCGGAGUUGAAGGCAGACGGCGGCGACGCCUGUAAGAGUGCUUGUGACGCCUUUGCGAAACCGGAAUAUUGCUGCAACGGGGAAUUCGGUUCGCCGUCGACGUGCAAGCCGUCGACGUAUUCGGAGAUUUUCAAAUCGGCGUGUCCAAAAGCGUAUAGCUACGCCUACGAUGAUUCGACGAGUACUUUUACUUGCGCCGGAGCCGACUAUACGGUUACGUUUUGUCCUUCUUCCUCCCCAAGUCUGAAAUCCUCAUCGAUAGGGGUGGACGCCGGCCAAUCAGUGCAACAAGCAGCCACGGCGACUUCUUCCUGGAUUGCAAAUUUGGCCAGUAGCCGUUCCACUUCAAUCCAGCCUUCAAUCUCUCCACUUAUUCUUCUUCCCCUUAUUCUCAUUGUUUCCUUCAUUAUUUAAUUUUAAGUUUUGCCCAUUUCAAAUUUGAUCUUUUUUUUUUAAAUUUUCUCUGUAAAUUAUAUAUGCAAUUUCAGCCUUCAAGUUGCAGGAUCAAUUUCGUCCUUUUA